AUCGAAAUACGCCUAUUUAGAGGAAUCAAACAGAUAACCUUUUCACACUUGCCCUUUUCCUCCUUCCAAUUUCAAAAUGGCACCCAAACGGAAACAGACAACCCCCGAAGAAGCCGCCCCCGUUGUCCGGAGGUCCGCCCGCCUCUCCAGCGCCGCCGUCGUUGCCGACCCCGAGCCCCCCAAGAAGAAGCAAACCAAACCCAAAACCGAAACCGAAACCAAAACCGAAACCAAAACCAAAGCCGAAACCAAGACGAAGGCCUCCAGCGAGGAAGAGGGUGGAGAGGCGGUGGAGAAAGCGGGAGGCGGGAAGACAAUCGUGAUAGAGCACUGCAAACAGUGCAACCAGUUCAAGAGGAGGGCGAUUCAGGUGAAGGAGGAGCUUGAGAAGGAGGUCACCGGAGUCAACGUGGUGGUCAACGGGGAGAAGCCGAGGAGGGGCUGCUUCGAGAUUCGCGAGGAAGGGGGAGAGGUCUUCGUCAGCUUGCUGGACAUGAAGAGGCCCUUUCCGCCGCUCAGGGCCCUCGACAUGGACAAGCUCAUCUCCGACAUUCUUCACAAAAUCAGAUGAUUCCCUCCAUUCUGGUUAGGUCUACUUUUUGCGAAUUUUGCCAUCUAAUCCAAAUUCAUGGCUGUUGUAUUGUAUUCUCUGCUUCCAAAACUUGGCCUGCAUCUCUUACUUGGAUGAAUUGGAGUUUGAUUGAUUGCAACUGAUUCCACAUUUCUAGCAUCCACUAAUAUUAGGAGUGCUUCUUUUUAACUAAAUUGGUUGUAAGAGAGAUUAUUAUCUUUAAAAUUGGAUUUUUGCUUUUCAAUCUUUGUUGGCUUCCUUUUGUAUAAAGAUGGAAAUUUAAAUUAUAAAUAGUUUCAUAAUUUUGAUAACAA